AUGGCCACAAUUUUUGAUAUCUUAUUAAACCAACAUUUAAAUGCAAAUUGUAAACAAUCCCAAUGCCCAAAAAACAAAACAAAAUCAAUUAACUUUUUACCACCAUUAGAUGUUGCCGAAACCAAUGAUAGUAUUACCAUCGAAGUUGAGUUAGCCGGCGUUGAUAAAAAUGAUAUUGAUAUCGAAAUUAAAGAAUCAAUUUUAGUAAUCCAAGGUGAAAAGAAAAAGGCAUCUUCAAAUAGCACAACCUCCACUGUUUCAACAACCACUUCCUCUUUGCCAUCUUCAAACAUCUCAAAUACAGAGUCCAAUGAUUUACCAACAAUUGAAGAGUUUGAAGAAGGUGACCCUUCUAUUAAAAAAACCGUUGCUUCCACUAAUAUCUCCUCUACCCCUGUUGCUACCGAAGAACCCAAAUCAGAAACUAAAAAGAAGUAUAUCAUCGAAAGAACAUCCGGCCACUUUAAGAGAUAUAUUGAUUUAACUAAAAUACUUUACACUUUAGAUCUAAACUCAAUAUCUUCAAACUAUACCAAUGGUCUUUUAACAGUAUCUAUUAAAAAGAAACCAGACUACUCAAACACCAUUAAAAUCAAUUUAGUUUAA